AUGCCGCGACAGAACCCCUUAUGGGAGCUCGUGGAGCCGUACCUCGCUUCCACUGGCCUGUACAAGGUGCCCGACCCAACCUACGGCCGAUACACACACCGGGCCCACCCAUCACACCGUACCCUACUCGACAACCCCGGCUGCACCCAUACCUACCGUCGCGCCUUCCUCCGCCCUUACUCGUCCUUCCCCACCUGGCAAGAAGCAUACGAUAGCACCGAGAUCAUCCACUCGGAGGAUGUCCAGCUGACCGAGGAAGAGAUCAUCAGCGGGAAUGAGAGGGGCGGAAGAUGGGUGUGUUAUAGCGUCUGGGAGGCCAAAGGGGAGCCGGAGGGAGGGUGGACGCAUGGUGGCGAUGGAAGGGGGAAGGAUGUGAUUUUGGUCCACGGAUUGAGUGACUAUGGGCUGAGGUACGCUCCACACGUGCAAUACUUCCUCAAAGCGGGGUUCAGAGUGAUCAUUCCUGAUCUGCCAUCUUAUGGGAGAUCUACAGGAAUGCACUCUUAUCUACCCUCACUCCUCUUGCUGCCUGCGGCUCUACACGUCGUCCUCACCGAUGUCGUCCGGAACGAUCUAGCACAUGGCCGGGAACAGAGGAAAGUGUUCACUUGCGGAGCCUCUAUGGGUGGCUGGACAGUGCUGUACUACUUACUGAAGUAUCCACCUAGCUCAUCCGCCACCCUUCUCGCUGAAGAUGCCGGACGAGCGGACGAGACACCUCCACCUCUUGGCCAGGGACAGGGCUAUGCGGAUGCUGAACGGCGAAAAGCGGACGAGAAGGCUCGAGUACAAGUUGCGGGUGCUUUUGUUCUGUGUCCGAUGGUUCAGGUGUCCAGCAGUUCUCGCCCGUACAAGGUCACCGAGUACAUCGGCAGGGGUCUCAAGUAUGUUGCCGGGUCUCUUCCGCUCGCUUCUGCUGUCCGAGGCCAAGUAUCGGAUGAUCCCAGAGUCGAGGAAGACUUCUUUGCCGACCCGAUCUGCUAUCAUGGUCUACUGAGAGUAGCGACCGGCUUAUCGUGCCUCGAGGGAAUGGACGAGUUGAUGGCCCGAGCCAAAGAGAUUGACGCUCCUAUCAAGAUCAUACACGGUUCCAGCGAUAGGGCUACGUCUCAUCUGGGAACACUCAAGCUGUUUGGGAUGCUCCCCCAUGAGGAUAAAGAGAUCGAGAUCUACGAGGGGUAUGAACACGUAAUGACCAAGGUCGGUAUAGACGCUGCGGACGAUGCCAAGCGGCAGAGGGUUCUGGCGGAUUGGCUCUCGUGGAUGACCAAGCGAUGCUAG